ACUUCUCCAACAAUCAUCAUCAUCAUCAUUCACGCUCUUUCACAAAUUAAAGCCAUGUCAUCUGAUCAAUCAAGGCCGGUGAGCCAGAGGCUCUACGAUUCUGCUCCGUCUUCACGCCAGACGGUGAAGUUCUUGACGGCGGUGACAGUUGGCGCCACGCUGUUAAUCCUGUCAGGGUUAACCUUAACCGGGACAGUGAUAGCGUUGAUCAUGGCAACCCCAGUUCUUGUCCUGUUUAGCCCGAUCCUAGUCCCUGCCGGGUUUGUCAUAUUCCUUGUGGUGGCGGGUUUCUUGUUCUCCGGCGGGUGCGGGGUGGCGGCGCUGUCGGCGCUGACGUGGAUAUAUAAUUAUGUGACGGGCAAGUGCCCGCCGGGAGCUGAGAAGCUGGAUUAUGCAAGAAUGAGAAUCGCGGAUAAGGCUAGGGAUAUGACGGAGAGGGCUAAGGAGUAUGGGAACUACGUGCAACACAAGGCUCAAGAGGCUACGCAACGUGCUUGAAUGUGAUCAAUCGAGUGUACGUACACGUGGCGUUCUGUUCUGUUCUGUUUUGAUUUGAUUGGCUGCGGGAAUGGACCGACCAUGGUUUUUUGUUUGUUUUGUUUGGGGUGAGGUUUAGUUUGUUUGUUUGUGUACGGAUGGAGUUUUCCUGUUAAUACUUUACAGGUUGCUGUCCUGCUGUUUGCAUGCUUUAAGCAUA